AUGACAAACGGUAACCUCAAUGUUCGAUAUAAUCCGUUGCCGACUGCUCAAGCAUUGCUAUUGCUCAUGGUGAUGGCAGCAUGGGCAUGCUCAGACGCCAUCUUCAAAGAGGCUGCUGAGCUACAAAGCAUCCUAGCAAAUUUCAUCCGCGAGGAAAGGCUCUUGGAGUUGCAACAUGUCAACGAUAGAACAUGGCACGAGUGGAUCCAGACCGAAGGCCUGAAGCGAACUACAUGUCCUACCGAUAUCACCUUUGUCGAAGAUGAAGCUAGAUUAGUGAGUUAUAUUCUUGAUAUGGUGGCAGAAGACGAUCCUGAAGCUCUCUCUAUGGGGACUUUGAAGAAGAGCCCUAAUAUGCUGAUCUUUGUGCAAGAGUUGUACGAAUUUUGGCGAAUCUGCUAUCUGGUGAAGCUAUUCGCAGACAUUUUAGAAGCAUAA